AUGUCGUCCUGGUUCCCCACCGAGUACGGCGAAGACUACCAGCGGAAGUCCCUCUGGUUGAGAGCCGGAGCCCUUUGCUGCAGCUCUCUGGGCUUAAUCCUACUAGUGACGCGUCAUGUCCACCCGUUCACCCUCCUGUUUGCCCUCCCGGUAGUCUGGUCAAUAGCCGACGGCAGGCUGCUCGGGCAAGGGCGUGCCGCCCAUUCCCUGGUCUAUGUUCUUCUCGAUUUCCUCUGCGCCCUUUUCUUCGUCUGGAACAUUCCCGUGACGGUACUUGCUGGCGUGGUGCAGUGGAGUUUCAUUACCAUCGUCAUGGCCAUGUUUUUCUCCGCCGCUGUAUUCCUCCAUGGCUUAAUCUUCCUCCGCGCGGCUGUGAGACUGUUGGAAGAGUCACGAUUAUUCGGUCGCGGUAACGGUGUUCAGCUUCCGACCUGAACAACCACUCGUUAUAAUGAGGGCAUUGUGGUGGGGCCCACCCAUCUGUGGCGGAGCUCGGACAAUCAUCCAUCGACUGGAACGGGGCUCCACAGUAGGACAAGGACUAAAUUCCCCAGACAGGUGAAACUAAAUGCAACACCUGCUCUGUCAGCGCUCCCCAACGAGAAUGUCCUUCCCCACUCGGCUGUUUGUGCCGUGGUGUUGUCGGACCUGGAUCCGCCUCGUUUGGAAGAGGACUCGAUGUUGUGGCGAUCACGGUUGUUGUAUACUCCUAGAUACACAAAACCCCACCCCGGUGGAUGAUAUCCCGGAAGACCAUCCUGAUAGUUCAAAUGGUUGUAAUGCUCAUCGCGGGUGUGGUGUUUGCGUGAUUGGCGUAGACUGCCAAUCAACCGCUCGAGCGAUGAGUGAUGGAUGGCGGCCACUCACGUGCCCGGGCCGUCGGGCCUUCUGUAAACUCGGAUGUUGUUUCAUC